GCCAGGCGACCGCAACAAACUGGGAUCUCCAACAUGACGCUCGAUGUGCUGCACUUCAUUGACAAGAAGGGAGGCAACUCCCAGGAGAUUCGGGACUCGCAGCAGAAACGCGGCCUCUCCGUCGAGUUGGUAGAUGAGGUGAUCGCCAUGUACGAGGAAUGGGUCAGGAUGGACUUCGAAACGAACGUGUUGAACAAGCAGAUCAACGCCAUUCAGAAAGAGAUCGGGCAAAAGAAGAAGGCGAAAGAGAAUGCAGAUGAGCUUGUCGCAAAGAAGAAGGAUCUCGAUGCGCAAGUCGAAGCGCACAAGAAAGCCACGAAGGAAUACGAAGCUACUAUGCGUCAGAAAGCCUCCACCGUCGGCAACAUCGUUGGGAAAAGCGUUCCGAUCAGCUUGACCGAAGAUGACAAUGUCACACUCAGGACAUGGCAUCCGCAAGGACCCAAUGCCCAAGUCGAGCAAAGAAAGGACAUCAUGCCCCAUCACGAAGUGCUGCUACGAUUGGAUGCGAUGGACCUGGAUCGCGGUUCGAAGAUCGCCGGCCACCGUGGAUACUUCCUCACCAACGACGGCAUCGACCUAAAUCAGGCACUCAUCGCAUAUGGCCUCGACUUCCUCCGCAAGAAGGGCUAUAAGAAGAUUCAGCCGCCAUUCUUCAUGAACAAGGAUCAGAUGGCAAAGACGGCUCAACUAGACCAAUUUGAUGAGGAACUAUACAAGGUCAUCGGCGAGGAUGAGAAGUAUCUCAUUGCGACCUCCGAGCAGCCCAUCUCCGCCUUCCACAGCGAUGAGUGGUUCGAAUCACCGGAAAAGCAGCUUCCCAUUCAGUACGCCGGCUACUCCACGUGCUUCCGCAAAGAGGCCGGCUCUGCCGGACGAGACAUGUGGGGCAUCUUCCGCGUUCACCAAUUCGAGAAGGUCGAGCAAUUCUGCAUCACCGAGCCAGAGAAGAGCUGGGAGAUGUUCGACACGAUGAUUGCAAACAGCGAGGCAUUCUACCAGAGCCUCGGCAUCCCUUACCGCGUGGUGGCCAUCGUCUCGGGUGCGCUCAACCUCGCGGCCAGCCAGAAGUUCGAUUUGGAGGCGUGGUUCCCGUUCCAGGGAGCGUACAAGGAAUUGGUGUCGUGUUCCAACUGUACAGAUUAUCAGGCCCGCCGGCUUGAGGUACGCUGUGGCCUGAAGGCGAAGGAUCAGACACGGAAAGUCUACGUCCACAUGCUCAACGGUACGCUCUGCGCUACCGAGCGCGCGUUAUGCUGUCUCGUCGAGAACUACCAAACCCCCGAGGGCCUCGUGAUACCCGAGCCGCUCCGCCCAUACAUGCAAGGAAGGGAAUUCCUACCCUGGGUGAAGGAACUCCCCAAGAACCUUCAGAAAAAGACUCAGUAAACAGGUUUGCAUUCCAAGGAUGGUUCAAUCGCUUGUGUCGCUGUGUAUCAUCGUCUUUCUGUUAUCGUUAUUAUCGUAGAUGGCAAACAUCUAUCAGUGUCAACUUGAGGUGAUCGUACAUACCUACUUAUAUCAAUUCAGAAACGUAUCACCCAAUCUAAC